GCAGUGCUUCCGUUACGCCGGGUCUGUCGGCGAUGGCUGACGCCAGCGGGGAGGUGGCUGCGGUCCCAGCCUCCGGGGCCACCAAUAGCCUCAGUAAUGGGGCCGGCGCGACCCCCGCGCAGCCCAACAACCCACUGUCGCGCAAGCUGCACAAGAUCCUGGAGACUCGGCUAGAAAAUGACAAGGAGAUGUUGGAAGCUCUCAAGGCCCUUUCAGCCUUUUUUGUUGAAAAUAGUUUGCGGACUCGAAGAAAUUUACGCGGUGAUAUUGAACGUAGAAGCUUAGCCAUCAAUGAGGAAUUUGUAAGCAUUUUCAAAGAUGUGAAGGAGGAACUUGAAAGCAUCAAUGAAGAUGUACAAGCAAUGAGCAGCUGUUGUCAGGACAUGACAAGUCGCUUACAGGCAGCAAAAGAACAGACUCAAGAUUUAAUAACAAAGACCACUAAGCUUCAAGCAGAAAACCAAAGACUAGAAAUUAGAGCCCAAGUUGCAGAUGCCUUUUUAUCCAAGUUCCAGCUGACUUCUGAUGAAAUGAGUCUCCUCCGAGGGACAAGAGGAGGCCCAGUUACUGAGGACUUUUUCAAGGCAUUGGGAAAAGUGAAACAGAUUCAUAAUGACGUCAAGGUUCUUUUGCGAACCAACCAGCAGACGGCAGGUUUGGAGAUUAUGGAACAGAUGGCCUUGCUUCAAGAAACUGCUUAUGAAAGACUUUACCGGUGGGCUCAAAGUGAGUGCAGAGCCCUGACUCAAGAGUCCUGUGAUGUGUCUGCGGUGUUAACUCAGGCCAUGGAAGCCCUGCAGGACAGGCCUGUCUUGUACAAGUAUACCUUAGAUGAAUUUGGAACAGCCCGGCGAAGCACUGUUGUUCGUGGGUUUAUUGAUGCUCUUACAAGAGGAGGGCCAGGAGGUACACCUAGACCCAUUGAAAUGCACUCCCAUGACCCACUGAGGUAUGUGGGAGACAUGCUGGCAUGGCUCCAUCAAGCUACUGCCUCUGAGAAGGAACAUCUGGAAGCUCUCUUAAAGCUUGUAACUGCACAAGGUGUUAAAGAAAAUAUCCAAGAAGUCGUUGGGCAUAUCACUGAGGGUGUGUGUCGGCCUCUAAAGGUUCGAAUUGAACAAGUAAUACUUGCUGAACCUGGGGCAGUUUUGUUAUAUAAAAUUUCUAACCUCCUCAAGUUUUAUCACCAUACUAUCAGUGGCAUUGUUGGAAAUAGUGCAGCUACUCUACUGACAACAAUUGAAGAAAUGCACUUGCUAAGCAAAAAAAUAUUCUUCAGUAGCUUGAGUCUCCAUGCGAAUAAACUGAUGGACAAGGUUGAGCUCCCACCACCAGACCUCGGACCCAGUUCUGCCCUGAGUCAGACCCUCACUUUGCUGCGGGAUGUUCUGGCGUCACAUGAUUCUUCAGUCGUCCCCUUGGAUGCUCGGCAGGCUGACUUUGUGCAGGUUUUGUCCUGUGUCCUGGAUCCUCUCCUCCAGAUGUGUACAGUGUCAGCCAGCAAUCUAGGCACAGCUGACAUGGCCACGUUCAUGGUCAAUUCACUGUACAUGAUGAAGACCACGCUGGCUCUGUUCGAAUUCACGGACAGGCGCCUAGAAAUGCUUCAGUUUCAGAUUGAAGCCCAUCUGGACACUCUUAUCAACGAGCAAGCCUCUUAUGUUUUAACUAGAGUUGGCUUGAGCUACAUCUACAAUACUUUACAGCAGCAUAGACCUGAUCAGGGCUCUUUAGCCAAUAUGCCCAACCUCGAUUCUGUGGCACUGAAGGCUGCAAUGGCUCAGUUUGAUCGCUACCUCUCGGCCCCAGACCACCUCCUGAUGCCGCAGCUGAGCUCCCUGCUCAGUGCCACAGUGAAGGAGCAGAUUAUAAAGCAGUCUACCGAGCUUGUCUGCAGAGCCUAUGGGGAAGUGCAUGCAGCCGUGAUGAAUCCGGUCAACGCAUACAAAGAUCCGGAGAGCAUCCUUCACAGGUCACCUGAGCAGGUGAAGACACUGCUCUCUUGAUGACAUCGAUGGCGUUUGCAGAUUAUUGCUGCCUGGCAACAACACCAAGGGUGGUUUGGGUUUUUAAUCUAUGAGUCUUUAUUUUGAAGAUUGAGAAUUAAUAGUUUUCCUAGUAUGAGGUUGUAGGUCAAUUUCUUUCAUUCUCAGCUAACAUGGAGGCAAAUCAAUAUUGACUUGAAUCUGUACUGCUGUAUCUCUCUGUAGGUAGCAAUGUUGUCUUAUCCAUUAGCUGCCUCUGCAUAGCAGCUUAAAGGUCCCCUUGAUUUGGGAUUAUAAAUAGAGGCAAAAAGUUAGAUGGAAGAUUGCAGGAUUAAGUUCGAUGAGUUCUAAAUUAGUACUAUGUAACAUCUAAACCACAGCUGUUAUUGGUAAUGAGUGUUCCCUUAUGGAAGAUUCCUCUGCUUUCCUUGUAAUGAAGUUUCUUGAACCUAGCCCAUGUCUCUGUUCCUCAAAUAGGUAUUGAUGGGAUUGACGGGGAAAGCAGAAUUCAGGCUGUUGUCCCUCUCCACUUCCUUUCAUGCCUGGUGCUGGUUUGUAUGUGUUUAAAUAGACACUCAGCUGAAGGAUCAGAGAAGAGGGAAAGACCUCAAGUAGGCUUCCUGUGCAGACAGCUUCGCCUGCGCAAGGGAAGCCGCCUGUGCCAGGAUGGGUAUGCACUGUACAGUGUGCACCCAGUCUGUCCACCCCCAAACUCCUGUGCUCAGAGUCACGGGUUGUUCAGAACAAAAGCAACUACGCUAGCCAUUGUGGUGUCAAUCUGCCAGGUCGAUCUGUUCGAUGAAUGUAUAUGGCGUGCUUAUCAAAACAGCAUAAUACAAGGCAGGAACUUACAUUGUACAUAAUUUCUACUGUGAAAAAGAGAUUGAUGCACUUAGCACUUCGUUUGCUAAGAGAAAUAAAUAUUUUUUCUUGUUAUCUGGUUUUCUUAAUAUAUAUUAAAAUAUUUCUGGAGCAACAA